CACUUCAGUCGCCAGCGACAGAUAAUAAUCUCACACUCCUUCGCCGUACGACCGUAGAUUCUUCUUCGCCUUCUCUCCACUUCUUAACUCUUUCCCCCCUCUCUCUCUCUCCGGUCUUCGCCGAUGGCGGUGUUACCAGUCGGCUCCCACUUCGCGCCGCCGCACAAACUGACGAAGAGACACACCGUCGCGACUCCAUCCCCUAUCUCUCUCUCAACCCGAUUGCCUCAAAACGUCUCCUUUUCCAAACUCUCCGGAAUAACAAACUCGAGGCUGUCCAGACACAGUGUUCUCGUGAGGGCAGAGGAUAAGAUCAGAGUCUCUUCUCUCGAGGAACCAUCUCAACCACUCGAUGAGUCAGAGCUUGAGGACUUGCUUGACGCAUCAGGAUCAUGUGACCCUAUUUGCUCAGUUGAUGAGCCUAGCUCGAGCUACUUCGAAGCGAAUUAUCAACCAAAGACGGAUAUAGUCAAAGCUCUUGCUAUUCUCGCGGCUGCUCUCACAGGAACAGCUGCCAUUAAUCAUUCAUGGGUCGCUGCUAACCAGGAUGUUGCUAUGGCGUUGUUGUUUGGAAUAGGAUACGCUGGAAUCAUCUUUGAAGAGUCUUUAGCUUUUAAUAAAAGUGGAGUGGGGCUUUUGAUGGCUGUUAGUCUGUGGGUUGUGAGGGGCAUAGGGGCUCCUUCAACUGAGAUAGCUGUUGCAGAGCUUCAACAUGCAACAGCUGAAGUAAGUGAGAUUGUGUUUUUCAUACUGGGGGCAAUGACCAUUGUGGAGAUUGUUGAUGCUCACCAAGGGUUUAAGCUGGUUACUGACAAUAUAACCACUCGGAAGCCAAAGACGCUUUUAUGGGUGGUCGGCUUUGUGACUUUUUUCCUCAGUUCGAUUCUAGACAACCUGACCUCUACCAUUGUCAUGGUUUCUUUACUCAGGAAACUGGUUCCUCAAUCUGAAUACCGCAAACUUCUAGGAGCUGUUGUGGUAAUAGCAGCGAAUGCAGGAGGAGCAUGGACUCCAAUUGGUGAUGUUACUACAACUAUGCUAUGGAUUCAUGGUCAGAUAUCCACCUUGCCGACCAUACAGGGCCUUUUCAUACCUUCGGCCAUAUCUCUUGCUGUUCCGCUAGCCCUCAUGUCCUUGAGCAGUGAGGUAAACGAAAAGGGACAGGAUUCAUCAGAUGUAUUAGCUUCUGAAAAGAUGGCUCCAAGAGGGAAGUUAGUGUUUGGAGUUGGCCUUGGAGCAUUGGUUUUUGUUCCAGUCUUCAAAGCAUUAACUGGACUGCCUCCUUACAUGGGUAUCUUGCUGGGUCUUGGAGUUCUUUGGGUCUUGACUGAUGCCAUCCACUACGGUGAAUCAGAAAGACAAAAGCUCAAAGUACCUCAAGCCUUGUCUAGAAUCGACACACAAGGCGCUUUGUUUUUCCUUGGCAUCCUUUUAUCCGUUAGCAGCCUUGAAGCAGCUGGGAUCCUCAGGGAGAUUGCAAACUACCUUGAUGCUAAUAUACCAAACGUUGAGCUAAUAGCUAGUGCAAUAGGUGUUGUGUCUGCAAUCAUAGACAAUGUUCCAUUGGUUGCAGCGACCAUGGGGAUGUACGACCUCACAUCCUUCCCUCAAGACUCCGAGUUUUGGCAGCUAGUUGCGUUCUGUGCCGGUACUGGUGGUUCAAUGCUUAUCAUUGGUUCUGCUGCUGGUGUAGCUUUCAUGGGGAUGGAGAAAAUUGAUUUCUUUUGGUACUUCCGAAAGGUAAGUGGUUUUGCUUUUGCUGGUUAUGCUGCUGGUAUCGCGGCUUACUUGGCGAUUCAAAGUGUUCAUUUUUCGAUCCCAACAACGGUGGCUCAGAUCCCAUUUCUCACUGGUUCGUAAGCUUGCAUUGUUCCGUGUUUCUUCUCUAUGAAAAGAAAAGAACAGUACAGAAGUGAAAUCUCUUGCUGGCUGCAAUAGUAAAAAAAACACAUCACUUCGUCGACAACCAACUAUGUUAUUUGUUUCAUAUAUACUCGGUUCUAUCAUUGCUUGACUAGUACAUAAUGAAUCUCAUCCAGUAAAAUUUAUGAUUUUCUGAGGUUUUUAUGUUUUAUCUUUGGAAAGUGUAAGACUAUAGUUUGAGGGAAACAAACUCUUCAAUU